CUGAAAUCGUACGUGGAGGAGCGAGCCGUCCUUGAAACCACCGCUGGGAAGUGCCUGUCGCUGCCAAACAGCUGCAACGAUGGAAUCCUCCGCCUCAUCGAACCAGCCCAACCCGCCUAAUAACAAUCCCAAUAACCCCCCGAACCAGGGCUCUGCUGCCAUUCCUGCAGCCCAGCAACAGAACCUAAUCCGCACUGAUCAAGUCCAGAAACUCCCACACCUGACCGAUGCGAUGAAAGCAGCAAACACGCAGGCUGUGCGGAGCCUGUGGGAGACGAUCAAUGCAAAUGCUGCGGGUACCCCCGAGUAUAACGCCGCCCAUGCAAAGUUAGCUGGUAUUUCACAGACUCUCAUGCGCCAGAUGAAGUCGUUUCAGUAUCGACAGAUGCAGCUUCAGCAACAGCAGAAACAAAUGCAGCAGGUGCAGCAGAAGGGCCAAGGACAAGCGCAGGGGAAGAGUGAAGACGCACAGCCGCCCCAGGUGCCUCCCCAGUUGCCGCAACAACCACAACAGCCACGGCAAUCUCUGGGUGCAACACAGUUUCAACAGCUCCUGCCGCAGAUACAAGCUAAAGUGAAUGGUUUGAGUUUCGUAUAUCCGCCCAAGGUCGACAAGGCACAGGCUGAAGCGUGGCUGAAUGAUGCCAAGUUGCGAUAUGGCAUCGCGUUGCAAAAGCAGGAGUUGGGCAAAGCAAAACUGAACGAGUUACGCCAGGCAUACCAGCAGCGGCAGAGCGCAGGGAAUUUGACUCCGGAGGAGAUGCAGGAUUUCAAGAAUCGGCAGGUGGCCGCUAACAAGCUGUUCCAGGAGGGAAGCGAGUUCCUUAUCAAGUUUAAAGAACAACAAGACUCUUUUCGAGUUGGGCAGUCACAGGCGCAGACGCAAACGCAGUCACAGCCACAGCAGGCGCCACAACAGCAAACAUCAAAUGCGCAGCAAAAUAGACCUGUCGUCGGUGGUCCCGCUCCCACAGUUCCGCAACAACAGCAACAGCCACAGGGUCCGAUUGUGAAAACUGAGCCGGGCUUGCCUGAUGGGCCUCGUCCGCCAGCUCAAGCUUCUACUAAUGGGCCAUCUCCCUACACUAUUACCUCUGCUGUAGCUGCGCGAAACCAGGCUGGCCAAACCAUCAUGUCUCCUGCCACUUCACAGGCGGGUCAACCCACUUCACAACCACCUCAAAUCACCGGGCAACCUCAACAAUCCACAGCUCAGAACCCUCUACCACAGUCACAACCACCUUUUCCCCAACACCCAUCACAAACUGAGUCCUCCAGCACUCCCUUAUCCACUACCUCAACCCAGAACAUCGCAAGCCAUCCCCAAGGCCCACCUCGGCCCCUCUCCCAGGAAGCUGCCUUCCAGCAAUCUGCCCAAAACUACUCAAACUCAACUCAACAACAGACACCCAUUCAACAACAGCCGCAGCAGCAGCCGCAGCCGCAGCCGCAACCACAGCAACCGCAACCUCAGCAACAGCAACAGCCGCAGCAACAGCAACCGCAACCGCAACAGCAACAGCAGCAACAACAGCCUCAGCCUCCUAACACCCACUCCCACCCUCAGGGAUACGCGCACAAUCGAACUGAUAGCAGUUCGCGUAGCGUGCACAUGGCCAUUCCCAAGACCCUGAACGUCAAACCUCCCGAACCCGUAUCCAUGGGUCCCGCGCGUCCUACGUUAUCCGGUGGACCCAGCCAUGGCGCGAUGGGAGUAAUGAGCCAACCAGCUAUUCAAAAGCAUCCGGGCUAUGUACUCGAGGGGGAGGGGCAGCAUGUACUUAGCAAGAAAAUGUUGGAUGUACUUGUGAAACAGGUAACGGGGGGAGGGGAAGGGCAGGGGCUUACACCUGAUGCGGAAGAGCUAGGGUCAUCAACCGGAUUUUUGCGGAUUUUUGCGAAGCGUUGGGGCUUGAGGCUUGGGACUGAGGCGCUAUAA